CCGUCAAGAAUCACGCGAGUUAUCACCGACUAUGUGAUGGCGACCGAACAGCUGGUGCCCCCUUUCAACGAAUCUGUGCACCAUGCCUGCCGUCUGAAGUUGUACAGCGAGGCGGCGAACGGCACGGCCGAAGACCUGCUGGAACAAGCAGCCUACGGCGAAGGUGGUUUCCACGUGGAAGACCUCCUGGCGGCCCGUGUUGUCGACGGGCAGCAUCAAAUCCUGGUCAAGUGGCUCGGCCUUGAAGACGAAGAGGCGUCGUGGGAGCCAGCCCUCAACCUGUACGAAGACGUUCCCGUACUGCUGCGCAAGUGGGUGUUGUCCCACGAGCACGACGACGGCGUGGAUGCGAUGCGGCAGGCGUUGGAACUCACCCUUGGUCACCCAUUGUAGGGGGAAGUGCUCUGGUCGAGUGCGCCCCGAGUCCAGAUCAACCUCGCUGAGGUCGGUUGCUGGAUGUUGGAUGGAUUCGUACGG